AUGACAGUGAGCAUGGAGCAAUAUUUAACAACUGACGACAGUCAAUCGGUAGUAUACGGCUACCGCAAGAGUCGUUGGCGGACGGUGCUAACCUACGUGCUGUCGGUCUUGUUCUGUGGCCUGCCAUUCCUGGUGUUCCACUGGCUUCCCACCUGGUUCCUUUACGUCACCUGCGUUCGAUGCUCCUUCCAGUUAGCUGAUAGAGUUCUGGUUGUUGAAACAUAUCAAAAGAAGUGCAAGAGUUACUACAUUCAUUUAAUAUUACACAAAGAUAUAGCAGAUACUAGUGGUUUACUAAACCAAGGGUUUGACGACGAUGGCUCGAAGAAGGGUCCCAUUGAAAGUCCAGACGCCAUACACACUCCCAUACAUCUGGAUGAUGGGACUACACUUAAUGUACAAAACUACAGAUAUUUCCGGCAUAAGAAGCAGUCUCUUAUUUGGGAUGGUACUCGAGCUAAAUGGACGAGGCUGGCGGGAAUCGAAUCUGGAGCCUCAUGUGCACAGCUACAAGCCAUGGGCGCUACUCCACCGUCCAGUGAAAGACGAGUUCGGAUGUUAAACAUCUACGGUCUAAACGAGAUCAACGUGCCAGUCCAGUCGAUCAUGACUCUGAUACUCCUGGAAGUGUUCAACCCAUUCUAUGUGUUCCAACUGUUCACUAUAGCUGUGUGGUUAGCUGAGCCGUAUUAUUAUUACUGCAUCGCCGUUGUAUUAAUGUCUACGUUUGGUGUUGCCACUUCUGUUAUACAGACUAAAAAGAAUCAAACCAACCUCCGUGCGACAGUAGAAGCUCACGACACAGUAGAGCUAUGGGACGGUCGCACAGUGGACAGUCGUUACGUGUCCCCCGGGGACAUAAUAGUGCUGCCACCUCGCGGCUGUAUACUACACUUCGAUGCUGCAUUAUUAUCUGGCGCUGCUGUGCUUAACGAGAGCAUGUUGACUGGUGAAUCAGUACCCGUAACAAAGACAGCGUUACUCCGAGUGGACCGUCCCUUCGACCUGAAGGAGCACGCGUCCAGUGUACUGUUCUGUGGCACGAAGGUCAUACAGACCCGAUACUAUAAUAACGAGCCUGUCAAGGCUCUAGUACUCCGCACAGGCUACAACACAAGCAAAGGUCAGUUAGUCCGAAGCAUCCUGUACCCAGUGCCAGCAGACUUCAAGUUUGACAGAGACUCGUACAAGUUCAUCAUCAUACUUGCUUGUAUAGCGGCCGUGGGACUUGCUUACACUGUCGCUCUCAAGGCAUACCGCUCUCUAAGUCCAGGAGACAUAACUCUGAAAGCUCUAGACAUAAUAACGAUAGUGAUCCCGCCUGCCCUACCGGCGGCCAUGACAGUAGGUCGCCUUUACGCAGUGGCGAGGUUGCGGCGAGCUCGCAUUGCGUGUCUCAAUACUCGAGCUGUUAAUGUUAGCGGGUCGCUGGAUUGUGUAUGUUUUGAUAAGACUGGAACUUUAACAGAAGAUGGUCUAGACAUGUGGGGUGUAGUGGCAGUAAGUGGUGCCACAAAUCCCCCCCGACUAGGUAGACCCCAGCGUGACCCCCGACUACUCAACGAGUUGCAUCCCCUAAAGUUGGGCAUGGCGACCUGUCAUAGUCUUACUUUGCUUGACCAUGAGCUGGCUGGAGAUCCUCUGGAUUUGAAGAUGUUCGAGUCCACUGGUUGGGUGCUAGAAGAGCCAGAUGUUCCAGAACAUUCCAACUACGAGAUCCUAACUCCAACUAUAGUAAAGCCGAGGAAAACUGCUAACAUUGACGUCGAUGAUAUACAUCUGCCCCUGGAAGUGGGCAUAGUCCAGCAGCACCAGUUCGUGUCGUCCCUGCAGCGCGCGUCCGUGGUGGCGCGCGUGCUGGGCGAGGACGUGCUGCGCGUCUACACCAAGGGCGCGCCCGAGAUGUUAAAGACACUCUGUGUUCCUGAAACUGUACCUGAUAACUUAUACGAAGUUUUGAACUCGUACGCGGAGAAGGGGUACCGAGUGAUCGCAGUAGCCACCAGGGUAUUAGAAGUCACCUUCAAACAACUGCAGAAGAUGACCAGGGAAGAGGUGGAGUGUGAGCUAGAGUUCCUAGGACUAGUGAUAAUGGAGAACAGGCUGAAGGCAGCCACCACCGGCAUCAUACGGGAGCUGAAGGAAGCCAACAUACAUGUCGUUAUGAUUACUGGAGACAACGUGCUAACAGCAGUGAGCGUGGCGAAGGAGUGCGGCAUAUUGAUGGGGGACGAGCGAGUCGUCGUACUGCACCCAGACACCAGCGGGGGGGAGCCGCGCAUAUACUGCGAGAGCACGCUGCACGGGGCGACAGUAGGGCGCCGCUACCCUCUCCAACGUGAGUGGCGCAGUGUGGACAGUGGACACGGCUCCUGGCGCUCCGCCCCCGCCUCCGAUGACAUAUACGACACGGAGACCGGAGCCCUGGAGCCACGGUACAAGAUUGUCAUGACCGGGGAUACUUGGCGGGUACUUCGUGAUUACUACCCUGCCAUGGUUCCCCGCGUAGUGGCCCGCGGCGCAGUAUUCGCUCGCAUGUCCUCCGACCAGAAGCAACAACUCAUUGUCGAGUACCAGGCACUGGGGUACUAUGUCGGUAUGUGCGGUGACGGUGCAAACGACUGCGGAGCCCUACGAUCCGCCCACACGGGGAUAUCACUCUCAGAACUAGAGUCCUCUGUAGCGGCACCCUUCACGUCUGCCAACCCAGACAUAGUAUGUGUCGCCAGAGUACUCCGGGAGGGACGCGCGGCCCUCUCUACCUCCUUCGGCGUCUUCAAAUUCAUGGUAGCUUACUCCCUUUCAGAAUUCUUCUCGGUAGCCUUCCUUUACUACUUCGAUUCCAAUCUAACAGACUUCCAAUUUUUAUACAUAGAUGUCGCUUUAAUCGUUAAUUUCGCGUUCUUCUUUGGCAUGACAGAAGCUUAUACGGGCAAGUUGUGUAAGACGCCACAUUUGACGUCGUUAUUAGGCCUUGUACCUCUCUUUUCUCUUGUCGGGCAAAUGAUUCUAGUUGGCAUAGGACAGUAUUUAAGUUAUUUAGCUUUGACAUUUUUCCCGUGGUAUGUUAGACAUACUUAUGAGGGCGAUGAAGCUAACGAGUGUUGGGAAAACUACUCCAUAUUCGCGAUAUCGAUGUUCCAAUACAUUAUUCUAGCUAUAGUAUUCAGUCAUGGGUCUCCUUAUCGAAAAUCGGUGAUUACAAACAAACAACUAAUGAUCAGUAUGUUGAUAAUGACGUGUAUAUGUGUGUACAUAGCCGCGUGGCCGGCGGAGUGGAUAGCCAAAUUCCUACAACUACGAAUGCCUAAAGAUACCUUGCUUUCGUAUAUAAUACUCGCUUUGGCAGCUUUCCAUCUUCUCCUAGCUUUAAUAUUCGAAAGAGUAAUUAUAGAAUAUCUAAUGGAAGGUAAGCAAAUGAUACCAAAGUUCUUAAAAGAGAAAAGGAUAAGAAAAACUCCACAUUUGUUGAUUAGGAGGGAGUUAACGGAUAUGGAUUAUUUAGAUUGUGAUAGCAUUAUCAAAUACGAUAAGGAAACCAGCGAUUCGACCUUCGAAUCUUCCGGAAAAGACAGCUGA